GGUUUCUGUUCACAGCUGGGUGAACAGACGACAAACGACAACCAGCAGCAGAGACAGCAGCAUCUAGAAGAAAGGCGGCUGAUCUGAGAGCAGAUUGACUCUAAAUGUUGUGAUUUCAGGAUCUCUGUUGACUGGAAGUUAAACAGCAGCUUCUCCUGCUGUUCCUGAAGGCUGAUCCUGGAGCUCUGGUCCAGGAGGGUUUGGUAGAAGACGAGGAUGGAACCACUGAAGGAAAACAUCUCCUCACACAAACACUUCAUCUUCAGUGGCUUCAGCGAGCUCGGAGCCAUGAAGUCCUUCAUUUCUAUCCCCUUUUUCAUCCUGUUCAUGGUGUCUCUGUUUGCCAACUCCCUGCUCAUCUAUGUGGUCAUCUCCCAGAGAAGCCUCCACUCGCCCAUGUACAUCCUCAUCGCCUGCAUGGCGUCUGUGGACAUGAGCCUGCCGCUGCUUCUCAUCCCCAACCUGCUGCUGAACGUCUUGUUCAACUUGAGGGGAAUCUCUCUGAGCGCCUGCCUGCUUCAGAUGUUCUUUGUUCACUUUGUGGGAACGUGUCAGUCCACUCUGUUGUUCUGGAUGGCAUUGGACCGAUACUUUGCCAUCUGCAGGCCUCUUUCCUACCAUGAUCACAUGUCUUUGCCCGGAUUCCUCAAGUUCGUGAUCCCGGUUCUGAUCCGGAACCUCGUGAUGAUCUUGAUGGUGGUGGUUCUGGCAGGAACAUUGUCCUUUUGCCUCCAUGACGUGAUAAACCACUGCAUCUGUGAGCACAUGGCUUUGGUGGAGCUGGCCUGUGGAAGCACCGCCAUCAACAGCCUGGUGGGGUUGAUGACGGUGUUCCUGGUCACCGUGUUUGAUUUCCUCUGCAUCUCCACUUCUUACGUAGUGAUUUUCUGCUCGGUGCUGCGCUCCGGUAAAGCCAACGCUAAAGCUCUGCAUACCUGCAUCACUCACAUCAUCGUCAUGGCCGUCAGUUUGACCCUCGUGCUCACGGCUUUCUUGUCGUAUCGGAUCAGAAACAGUCUGCCAGCUGCUGGCCGACUGUUUGUCAGCAUCAUGUACCUGUUCCUUCCCGGCUGCUUCAACCCCAUCAUCUACGGCAUCAGAACCACAGAGAUCCGACAACACAUCUCCAGGACGUUGUCGUCUUGCUUGCCCCUUCGAACUGUUGAUUGUUGCUGAACGCUCCAAGCUUGUUGUCAGACUCACAUUU